AUGACCUCUUUAACUUAAAAGUUUUUUAAAAAAUUUGAUCGAAGACAAGUAAUGGAAUUUGAAUCUAUAUAUUUAAGUAUUAUUUAAGUGGAUGCAUUGAUAUAAUUGUUGUUUAAUAAAAUAAUGGAUCGUUGAAAUCUACUCCAUUUCAUGUUAAAUUUGGCAAAUAUGACGGUUAAGAUUAUUAGGUUGAUCUGAUAGUUAAUGGAAAUUUGACAAAUGUAAAAAUGAGAUUAGGAAAAGAAGGUGCAGCUUACUUCGAAAAAAGUUCCAUUUCUUCUGGUUAUUAAUCUGAUGAUACAUGUUCAGAGAAAAUAAGGUAUAAAAAAAUAGAUAAUCUAUAUAGUCAUUUUGAUGAGGCAUCAAUAUUUAGACAACCAAUAAAUUAUUAGAAGCCUGAUGAUUUAUUUAAUAGUGAUAAGAAAAAUAGUAAUUGGCUUCAAAAAUUUAAUUUUUGGUCAAAAGGAUCGAAUUAAAAAAAGGAAAAUGGAGUUAAGAUUGAGACGACGAAUAAUCUUAAAGAAUUUUAAUAGGAAGAUACGUCAUCUGUAAUAAUAAUAUUAAUAUUAUAUUAGGAAUUAUCAAAAAUAUAAUUAGAUAAAUAAAAUUUAGAAUUCCAAUAGUAAUAAUCAGAGAAAUAGAUUUAAACUUAAGAUUUUGAGAAAGAUAAUGUUACAUAUAGUGAUAAGGAAACUUUAUCUCCACGUUAAUCAGCAAUGGAACUUUCAUUAUGUGGUUAAUAAUUAUAAUAAUAAAAUUUAACAUAAAUUUAAAGAUAAUAAUUGUUUGAAUAACAUAAAGUAUCUUUUACAACAUUUGCAAAAGAUUCAUUAAAAAUAAUAAAUAAUAAAGAUUUAAUUUUUAAGAUUGGAGAUAAGUUUUUUAGUAGAGAGGCUGGAUUAAUAUAAUUGUUAGCAAAAUAAAUUUACAAUUAAGAAAUGAUAAUAGAUUGUUUGGAUUAAUAGAAAAAGUAAAAUCCUUAAUAAUAACAACAAUGGUAUAGUGUCUACGGUAUGUUUAGAAAGAAGAAAGAAUCAGAUUAAAUUGAAGAAAAAAACAAUGUUGAAAGAGAAAAUAAUAAUGAAAAGACUUAAAAAUAGCAUCAAUAAUUUAAAGCUCAUGAAAGAAUAAGGAAAUUAAGUGAAGAUUUAGUAGAUAAUAUGAGUACAAUGUCUAUAUAAAGAAGGAGAAAGUUAUAAAGACCUAUAUUAAAACCUCAUUCAUCUAUUUUAAAAUAAUUGGGAUUACAAAAAGGAGCUAAUAAAAUUACUUAUAGAUUAUGUAUACCUAAAAAGAAUGAGAUUGUUGAAUAACAUGGAACUAUCUAUUUGUAUGACCAAAAAACCAAAUUGGUUAUUUCAGAUAUAGAUGGAACUAUAACAAAAUCAGAUAUAUUAGGUUAAUUAAUGCCAAAGUUGGGAACAGAUUGGAAUCAUGAUGGAGUAGCUAAUUUUUAUUAGAAUAUAGAAUCAAUGGGUUAUAAAAUUAUGUAUUUGACUGCUAGAGCUAUAGGUUAAGCAGAUUAAACUAAAGAAUUCAUUUAUAAUUUAUAAUAACAGAAUAAUAAAUUACCUAAAGGACCUGUUAUUUUAAGUCCUGAUAGUUUAUUUCCUGCAUUCAAAAGAGAAAUUAUUGAUGGAACUCCAGAAUUAUUCAAGAUUUCUGCAUUAAAGGAAGUCAGAAAUCUAUUUAUUGGAGAAAAUCCAUUCUAUUGUGGAUUUGGAAAUAGAGCUAAUGUAUAUUAUUUCUAUAAUAUAUUGUUUAGGAUUUUAUAGCUUAUUAAGCCGUUAAUAUAGAUAGUAGUAGAAUCUUUAUUAUUGACUCAGAAAGCUAAAUUCACAAAUAUAAUACUGAUCAAAUUACUAGCUAUGUAGAAUUAAACAAGAAUAUCCAUCUUUAUUUUCCUCCUGUAGAUGAAGAAGAGUAUUAAUCUUAAAACUUUUGGAAGAUUCCAAUUCCUGAUAAUAUUGAUAUCAAUUAUUCGUGA